AUGGCUCUUCGAGUUGUGCUUGAUCCGCUUGUGAAGCGGAGUAACAUUCUCAGCUCAGACAAUGAUCCCAACGUUGGCUCCUCGCGGGGCAACGCCUCCUCGACAAGUUCCGAUGUAAUAGGAGAUUUCGGACUUGGUGGGGGUUCAACUUCCCUUUCAGCGUUUCUAACAACUCUGAUCCCUGCCUUGGUGAUCGCGGCCUUUUGGUUUGGCUUGUUUCUGAUCUGUCGACGAACUCAGCUGCGGUGUGAGCGAGCGCCACGUUUGCCAUCGGGAUUUGUCAAUUGGUUUGGAGAAUUCUUUAGGAUCAAUGAUGCCCAGGUGCUGCAUAACUCGUCUCUGGACGGCUAUCUCUUCUUGCGAUUUCUGCGUGUUCUGUCUGCGACAUGUUUCACUGGAUGCGUGAUCACUUGGCCUAUCCUUCUGCCUAUACAUGCCACGGGAGGUGCGGGAAAUACUCAACUCGAUGCGCUGAGCUUUAGCAAUGUCACGGAUCCUAAGCGUUAUUACGCUCAUGCCGUCAUGGCAUGUAUAUUUUUCACAUUUGUCUUCUUCGUUAUCACGCGAGAGAGCAUAUUUUAUGCCAACCUGCGACAGGCGUACUUGAAUUCUCCCGCUUAUGCGCGUCGGAUAUCAUCCAGGACGGUGCUGUUCAUGUCGGUACCCGAGGAGUAUAAGAACGAGGAGACACUGCGUCAGGUCUUUGGACAAUCGAUCCGGCGUAUGUGGAUCACCUCCGACUGUAAGAAGUUGGACGACAAGGUUCAGAAAAGAGACAAGUUAGCUUAUAAGCUCGAAAGCGCCGAAACGAAACUUAUUCGGGCAGCGAACUCAGCUCGUCUUAGGGCCAUUAGGAAAGGAGCUUCCCCCUCCAAGUCCUGCUUAGAGACUGAUGCCUGUCAUGAUUGUGAAGCGGACACAUCGGGCUGGUAUCAUGGUGUGCGAAGGCCAACUCAUCGCCCCAAGCCUUUCGGCAAGAAGGUUGAUACGAUCCGUUGGCUGCGAGCUGAGCUUGUCAAGGUCAUUGAAGAGAUCGACGAUCUUCAAAAGAAACAUAGAAAUGGAGAGAUGAAGAAUCUAUCCGCGGUCUUCAUCGAGUUUUACACGCAAAAUGAUGCGCAAAUCGCUCUACAAACGCUGUCGCAUCAUCAGCCAUUGCAUAUGACUCCGCGCUUCAUCGGUAUCUCUCCCAAUGAGGUCGUUUGGUCAGCAUUGAAUCUUAGUUGGUGGCAGCGCAUCGGGCGCAGGUUCUUGGUUCAAGGUGGCCUUGCAGCUCUGGUCAUAUUUUGGUCCAUUCCAUCAGCCUUAGUUGGCACACUUUCUAACAUCAGUUCUCUUACCGACCUGGUGCCAUUUCUGGGCUUUCUCAAUGACUUACCAGAUGUCAUCAUCGGCCUCAUAUCGGGGCUGUUGCCGUCUGCUGCCCUUUCGAUGCUAAUGUCAUUGGUCCCUGUUAUCUGUCGAGCAUGUGCCAGAUGCGCAGGUGUGCCCUCGGAUGCUCGUGUUGAGCUUUUCACCCAAAGUGCACAUUUCUGCUUCCAAGUAGUCCAAGUAUUUCUUGUUACUACCUUGACAUCUGCCGCAUCCGCAGCGACUGCACAAAUCAUUAAAAACCCGCUGUCAGCCAAAGACCUACUGGCUCAAAACUUACCGAAAGCCACAAAUUUCUACAUCUCAUACUUUCUUCUACAGGGCCUGACCAUGAGCUCUAUGGCGGUGGUGCAAGUUGCCGGAGCAGUUGUAUUCAAGUUUAUCACGACCUUCCUUGACCGUACACCACGCCGAUUGUACCGGCGAUGGGCAACACUAAGUGGCCUAAGUUGGGGCAAUGUCUUUCCGGUUUUCACGAACAUGGGUGUGAUAGCUCUGACGUACUCCUGCAUCGCUCCCCUAAUUCUCGGAUUCGCAUUCGUCGGUCUCUACCUUGUCUACCAAGCCUACCGAUACAACUUUCUCUUUGUCUACGAUCUUCGCAUCGACACCAAGGGUCUCGUCUACCCCCGGGCCCUCCAACACCUGAUGACCGGCCUCUACCUGGCAGACAUCUGCUUGAUCGGUCUCUUCGCCAUCAAAGGCGCCAUUGGGCCCCUGAUCAUCAUGGUAGUCUACUUGAUCCUCACCGUUCUCGCCCACAUGUCCCUCAAUGAAGCCCUUGCUCCUUUGAACUCCUUCCUUCCCCGCACUCUUGACGUGGAAGAAUCCGCUCAGCUCGCCAAAGAAGAGGCCUCCGUAGCGUCCACACCUCUUGACACGGGUCUCCCGCAUCUGCACCUCACAAGCAAAUGGCAAUCCGUAUGGCGAUGGUUUCACCCCAACCUCUAUCGUGAUUACGCCGCCAUUCGGGGCAAGGUACCCCGCGACCACGUGGAAAUCCAAUACUCGGAGCAGGAGCACAAUAAUGCGUACUUUGAGCCGUGCAUCACCUCCCGAACACCGACGGUAUGGAUUCCACGGGACCGAUGGGGCUUCAGUCAGCAGGAGGUUGUGGAUACCGACCCCUUGAUACCCAUCACAAACGAGGGCGCGCAUCUGAGUGAGAAAAACAAGAUUGUUUGGGAUAAGUUCGAUCCGAAGUUACCAUUGUGGGAGUUGAAGAUUCUGUAUUGA